UAUUGGUGUUUCUCAGCCUUAUAACAUGUAUCAAAAGCAAUUCUCUAAUUUCAUUUUAAACACUUUCAAGGUUUCAAGGUUUUGUGCUUUUCUUCAUCCCGUGUUAUCUACUUUACCAAAAACACUACUGAAUCAAACUCACUCAAUUAACCUUCUAUCAAAACCACCUCCAAAAUUCCACAAAACUGCACAUUUUUUCAAGAACUCUUUAAAUCCCUCUUUCUCUAACCAUUCAAUCAUCGUGGAUACUAACAACAGUAAAAAGCUGAGAGAAAAAGUGAUGCACAUUUUGUAAUAUCUCCUCUUUUUCACUGAGCAACAAUAACAGAAGGAAGUUGGACAGAUUUUGUAAUCACCGUCGACACCGCCCUCGACCUUUCACUGCUCCUAAAUACAUCAAUUCUCUCAAUGUCAUUACCAAUGAAGAUUUUAAAAUUCUUCUGUUUCAUUAAUCUUCUCUCUAACUUCAUCUUAUCAUCAUCUUUAGCAGUUGAUCCUUAUUCACAAGCACUCCUAAGUCUAAAAUCUGAGUUUAUAGAUGAUAAUAAUAGCUUGCAUGACUGGGUUGUGCCCUUUGGAGCAAACUUAAUUGAAAGUGGAAGCUCCUAUGCAUGCUCUUGGUCUGGGAUCAAGUGUAACAAUAACUCAAUUGUAACUUCCAUAGACCUUUCCAUGAAGAAACUAGGUGGUGUACUAUCAGGUAACCAAUUCAGUGUGUUCACAGAGGUUAAUAAUUUCAACAUGAGUUAUAAUCUCUUCUCUGGGAAACUUCCACCAGAAAUUUUCAACAUCACAGGCUUGAAAAGCUUAGAUAUAAGCAGAAACAAUUUUUCCGGUCAGUUCCCAAAAGGAAUUUCUAAACUAAAAAAUUUGGUUGUACUUGAUGCCAUUAGCAACAGCUUUUCAGGUCAAUUACCUGCUGAAUUUUCAGAAUUGGAAAAUCUUAAGAUUCUCAACCUAGUUGAAAAUUCCUUCAGUGGAAGCAUUCCAUUUGAAUAUGGUUCUUUCAGAAACCUUGAGUUUCUUCUUCUAGCUGAAAAUUCUCUCACAGGAAGUAUACCACCAGAACUUGGUAACCUCAAAACAGUGACUCACAUGGAAAUUGGCUCCAAUUCUUACCAGGGUUUCAUUCCUCCUCAACUAGGUAACAUGAGCCAACUUCAGUAUCUUGACAUUGCAGGUGCAAAUCUAUAUGGUCCUAUUCCAAAGGAACUUUCAAAUCUCACCAAUUUGCAAUCACUUUUUCUGUUCCUAAACCAGCUAACAGGAUUAAUACCAAAUGAGUUCAGCAAAUUUAAAAAACUCACAUAUUUAGAUCUCUCUGAAAAUUUCCUUUCAGGGUCCAUUCCUGAAAGCUUUUCAGAGCUAAAAAGCUUAAGAUUUUUUUGUCUUAUGACCAAUAACAUGAGUGGCACUGUUCCAGAAGCCAUUGCAGAACUACCAUCCUUAGAAUCUCUUCUCAUUUGGGACAAUCAAUUCUCUGGAUCACUCCCAAAGAGUUUAGGCAAAAACUCCAAACUCAAGUGGGUGGAUGUCUCCACAAACAACUUCAGUGGUAGCAUACCGUCAGAUGUUUGUCUUAGUGGAGUGCUAUUUAAGCUUAUCCUGUUUUCAAACAAAUUCACAGGUAGUCUUUUUUCGAUCUCGAAAUGUUCUUCCCUUGUCCGUCUUUGCAUAGAAGAUAAUUCAUUCUCAGGAGAGAUUCCUUUAAAAUUCAGCCAUCUUCCUCAUAUUGCAUAUGUUGAUUUGUCAAAGAACAAUUUUGUUGGUGGGAUUCCUUUAGAUAUUUCUCUAGCUACUCGAUUGGAGUAUUUCAAUGUCUCUUAUAAUAUGAAAUUAGGAGGAAAUAUCCCUUCACAAAUUUGGUCUAUGCCGCAAGUUCAAAAUUUCUCAGCUUCUUCUUGUGGUCUUUUAGGCAAUCUUCCUUCAUUUGAGUCUUGCAAAUCAAUUUCAACAAUUGAUCUAGGUAGAAACAACUUGUAUGGAACAAUCCCAAAAAGUGUUUCGAAAUGUCAUGCUCUUGUGGCAAUCAAAUUAUCCGAAAAUAAUUUGACAGGUCAAAUACCUGAGGAGCUUGCAAAUAUCCAUAUUCUUGAAAUUGUAGAUUUAUCUAAUAAUAAGUUCAAUGGCCUCAUACCUGAAAAGUUUAGUAGUUCAUCAAGUUUACUACUUCUCAAUGUGUCUUUCAACAAUAUCUCUGGUUCAACACCAAAGGGAAAGUCAUUCACAUUAAUGGACAGUAGUGCAUUUGUUGGAAAUUCAGAGCUCUGUGGAGUACCAUUCAGACCAUGUAUUAAGUCAGUAGGCUUAUUAGGCAGCAUCGGAAUUUGGAAGAUUACACAUACUGUGUUACUCUCUGCAGGGUUGCUAAUAAACCUUCUGAUAUUAGGUUUUGGAAUACUUCAUUUCUGAAAGGGAUUCAAGAGUCGAAAGAAAAUGCUCAUCUCCAAUUACAACUAAUCAGGAAACAGAACACAAUGAAGCAAUGAAAGAGGAACUUCUAAGAGAAGAUUGCAAUGGUAAUAAAGUGGCUUCUGAUAGUACAAUGCAAGAGAUUAAACUGGUUCUUGAGGUUGCUAUGCUUUGCACUAAAAGCAGAUCAUCCGAUCGACCAUCCGUGAAAGAUCCUGAUGCGUAUGAAUAAGUAUUUUAAUGUUAUAGUUUGUAAUUUUAAUGAUAAGUCAUAUGUUAUUAUGCAUGUAAUUAAUGAAAUGGUGGUUGAGGAAACUGUCCUCACAUCUUCGUAGGAAUGUAGUUAUUUGUCUAUAGGUAGUUAUUUGUGUAUGCUAUUUAAGAA